UUUCGCCGUGUGUCAACAGCACAGAUUUACACGAGCACGCGUUUACUUACACAUGUAUAUUGAUAUAGAAAUGCGUAAUAACGCGCGCCAUCGUAAGAUCCUAAUGGACUAUAUCAAUUACUGACGAAUCGUUUGGAUUAUUCUAACGGAUUACCUAAGAGUUUAGGGAAAUAUUCAAGUCAUGUUUUAUUUAAUCUGCCUUCUGUGUCUCGUCGACAUCUCAGAUGCUGUCAUGGAUCUAACCAUGACCUCCAACAGGGCCACGUCUGCUCCUCAUUUUCGCAUCUCCUGUAUCUCUGGUGAGCGUGACGCCGAUGGCAUUCAGCUGAACAUCAAGAAAGACAACAGCAUUGUUCGUCUGGUUAAUCCACCUAAUUUAAAUGUGGAGAGGCCACAGGCUAAAGAAGUGGUGGCCACUGGAUUUGCAGGCUUUGACCACAUUGGUUUUUUUUUCUGUCACUCAAAACGAGGAUCGGACCACCUUGCCAAUGUUACACUAAUAAACAACAAUGGUAAAGGUCAUUUUCGACCUAUGAUGAUCACUAUGACGGCCAGUAAAGGUGAAAAGGUGCAUCUAACCAUGGAGGUCCUUGGAUCAGAAAGACGAGACAUUCAAUGGAAAUUCAAUGGUAACUAUUACUACAUGACUCCAAUAGCUGACGUUCAAAACAACACAGCAGUUCUGGAGCUAGAGAAAGUUGAUGAAACCCAUGCUGGGAUCUACGGUGCUGGCUAUGUUGGAGACAGUCCUCUCCUUAGCGCCUGGAUGCGUCUCAUCAUUCGCGAAUGCCCAAAUAACAAAUGGGGCUCAGACUGUGAUAAGGAUUGCCCAGAGUGCUUGAAUGGGGGUGUGUGCCAUGAUAAAAAUGGGGACUGUGUUUGUCCUCCAGGUUUUAUGGGAAUGCGCUGUGAGACAGCCUGUCGUGAAGGAAUGUUUGGUCGGAACUGCCAGGAAUCCUGUAAAUCAGAUAAUGGUUGCCAGGGCUUAAGUUUCUGUCUCAUCGAUCCUUACGGUUGUUCCUGUGCCAGCGGCUGGCAUGGACAUCGCUGUCACAAACCCUGUCCUGAGGGGAUGUAUGGAGCUGAUUGUCUUUUAACUUGCAACUGCAAGAACAAAGGGAAAUGCAAUCACUUUAGUGGCUGCCAGUGUCCUACAGGUUGGAGAGGACAAAAUUGUGAGAAAUCAGAUCUUGCACCAGAGAUUUUAGACAUGGCCAAUAACCUAGAGGGGAACCUGAACUCCAGCCAUAAGAUUACAUGUUCUGCCACAGGCCAUCCUCUUCCCAGCCACAUGAGCAUUGAGCUACGCAAGCUGGAAAGCACUGUGCUUAAGGCAUCCCACACUACUAUGGACUCAAAAAAAAGCACUGCUAUUUUUGAGAUUGCACGCUUGUCUGCAGAGCACAAUGGUGUAUGGGAAUGUCGCGUCUCCACCAACGGAGGGCAGGACUCUCGCAAGUUUACAUUAACUGUGAAAGAGCCACCCUAUCCAACCACUGCUCCUAAACUUCUGAAGAAGAGCAGCAAACAGCUGGUGGUAGAGCCAAAUAUAGACACUUACGCCGGUGAUGGUCCCAUUAUUUCCACUAAGUUGUUUUACAAGCCAAUGGAUCCAAUGGACUCCUGGUCUUCCAUCAUAGUUUACAGCAGCGAUCCCAUCACACUGAUGAACCUGAAGCCCUCCACCAAAUACCUUGUGCGUUUACAACUCACUCGACCUGGGGAUGGAGGAAAGGGUCCUUUGGGUCCAGAGGCAUUAAUGGAGACUGACUGUCCAGAGCCCACAGCUAGGCCGGAGAUUGAUUCCAGCUCGGUGGAGGGCCGUAACGCCACCAUCAGGUGGUCCGUUAUUGGCAGAUCGCGCGAGGCCACUGGCUUUUUAGUGCAGCUCUACGGAUCACAUGAAGAGAAGCUGUGGGAGGAAACCACCUUGAUUAAUGUGCUCUCCACCAAGCUAUACAACCUGGAGUACCACAGGGACUACCAAGUGGUCGUAGUGCUGGUAAACUGUGGCAGCCAUGGGCCCCCCUCAAGGCCAUACCAUAUCCACAUCUAUAAGCAGGGCCCUUCUUCUCCACGGCAAGUUCAAGCAGACGCUUUGUCCAUAAGUGCUGUCAGGCUGCGCUGGCAACCCCCUGAGGACCCCAAUGGUGGUAUUGUCAAAUACAGCAUUGAAUACCAGCCAGUAGGCCGGGACAACUUUCACCGUUGGGUGGAUACAGAUCAUGGUAACAAAACUACAAUGGAUGUGACAUCCCUCAACGAAAGCACCUUGUACCAGUUUAGGGUGAGGGCUUUCUCCAAGGCGCCAGGGGAAUGGAGCACAUUUGUUGAAGCCAGGACGCUAGGAAACGAAAUUGCUAGCUUUAUUCCCACCACUCAGCAAGUUGGUAGGCCAAUGGCUGAGGAGCAUCAGCUACUGUGGGCUGUGGUUGGGUCUGUAGCUGUGACCUGUAUGACCAUCCUUUUGGCUCUACUGGCUCUCUUUUACAUACGUAAAUCCGUCCUAAAACGAAAACGAACGUUUACCUAUCAGUCUGGAUCGGGAGAAGAAACUAUCUUACAGUUCAACUCAGGAACUCUCACGCUGACCCGACGGCCAAAACCCUCCCCUGAGCCCCUCACCUAUCCCAUACUGGAAUGGGACGACAUAAAGUUUGAGGACGUUAUCGGAGAAGGGAAUUUUGGUCAGGUCAUCAAGGCCAUGGUCAAAAAAGACGGGAUAAAAAUUAGUGCGGCUAUUAAGAUGCUCAAGGAGUUCGCCUCAGAGAAUGACCAUCGGGACUUUGCUGGUGAAUUAGAGGUCCUGUGUAAACUCGGACAGCAUCCCAAUAUAAUUAAUCUCAUUGGAGCUUGUGAGAACAAAGGUUACCUUUACAUUGCCAUCGAGUUUGCACCUUUUGGUAAUCUCUUGGACUUUCUAAGAAAGAGUCGCGUCCUAGAGACCGAUCCAGCCUUUGCAAAGGAACAUGGAACUGCAUCCACGCUCACCUCACAGCAGCUCUUGCAAUUUGCUGCUGAUGUUGCAACUGGCAUGCAUUAUCUUAGUGACAAACAGUUUAUCCACAGAGAUUUGGCGGCCAGGAAUGUGCUUGUUGGAGACAAUCUAGUUUCAAAAAUUGCUGAUUUUGGCCUCUCGCGUGGGGAAGAAGUGUAUGUCAAAAAGACCAUGGGAAGGCUGCCUGUGCGAUGGAUGGCCAUCGAAUCAUUAAACUACAGUGUCUACACCACAAAGAGUGACGUUUGGUCUUUUGGUGUUCUUCUCUGGGAAAUUGUAAGUUUAGGUGGGACACCAUAUUGUGGGAUGACCUGUGCUGAACUCUAUGAGAAACUGCCUCAGGGAUACAGAAUGGAGAAGCCCAGGAACUGUGAUGAUGAAGUGUAUGAACUGAUGAGGCAGUGCUGGAGAGACAGACCUUAUGAACGGCCGCCGUUUUCACAAAUUUCUGUCCAGCUUAAUAGGAUGCAGGAGGCUCGCAAGGCCUACGUCAACAUGGCUCUCUUCGAGAACUUCACUUAUGCUGGAAUAGAUGCUACAGCUGAAGAGGCCUGACUACCAGCCCCCCCGGACCCAAGCAGGGUUCACAGCCCAAGGGAGGCUCAUCGCAGCAGGGCUUCACGCUACUGCCACUCCCCUGUGGUCAGGUUCCAUUCCUCAAAGAGACACACCACCAAGAUCACAUGGCUAUAGAGAACAGACUGUGAAAGGACACUCUUAUGGCUGUGAUUCUCUUUUGCUAGAUUCUGGUUGGAUAUCUCAGGACUAGACACAUACUGGAAAUGGGACUCAAGGAGAAAUGGAACCUGCAAUAUGAGCUACAUAUGUAGCAGGCUGGGUCUGUGGGGAUCUGGACCGUGUAUUAUAUGGACUCUAUUUUUUGUUGGGAGAAUCCUUUUCUAAGCUUGUUAAUAUGGGCUGACAUCAAAGCAGGUCAGUCCAUGGACAAAGGCGCCAGUAUUUUUCAAUGUAGCACUUACUAAUGGAUAUAUGAAGAGAUCAGAUGCGAAAGACAAUAAAUGCCACCUUUGUCAAAGGUGAGAUAAUUAAAGUGACCAAAUACGCUCAACAUAUUAUAUUGUUGUUUGUUGGUGAAAUCCAUUAUACACCACAACGAUUUCUAAGCAAAUUCCUCUAAGUGCACGGAAUAAGAAUUGAAUGAACAUGGAGCGUGGACAUCAUGGUGCAAACUUCUUUACCCAGUUAAGGAGGUUUAUAUACAGUAUUGUACAUAUACAGUAUUAUGAUAUUGACCUUUAUUGAGUCUUAACCUUUAUACAGAAAGCACAGUCGAAAGUGACUCAAGACUUUUUUUUAAAGUGGAGAUUCUAGUGGGUUUUGCAGCGAAAGCCAUUCAAAUUUCAAAGAUCACAGAACACACAAAGUUUCUGCCAAUCGUAUGUUAAUCUUGGGUACCUAUGGAGUAGUAUUACAUCUUUCAUAUCUCCAAAGAGUCUUUCAAGUUGUCAGAUUGUUAAAAGACAGAAAAGCCUUUCUGUUUUUUUUCUGAAAAGGGCAGAACUCCUGGAAGCGUACCGUGGGAGGUGAUAAAGAGUUACGAGUACAACACAGCUGUCAGAAUUUGAUUUACUACCAUUCGCAAUUACCUUGCUGUCUGAAAAAAAAAAAAAAAAAAACUGCAUCCACUGUUGUCUUAAAGGAAAACACCACCAAUUUUCAAUAUUUUACUAUGUUCUUAGACAAAUUAAUACAUCCCUAUCUUUUAUCAAUGCGUGCACUUAAUCUUUGUACAGCGCUUCGUGAAUGUGUUAGCAUUUAGCCUAGCCCCAUUCAUUCCUUAGGAUCCAAACAGGGAUGAAUUUAGAAGCCACCAAACACUUUGGUGGUAGUAACAUCAUCACUUCUGAGAACUCAUCCUCUCUCUCAAACUUUUGUCAAUAUUACUGAGCACGUGGUCGAAGAGCUGCAAACUAAUGGCGCUUUUCCAUUGCAUAGUACCCCACGGUUUAGUUUAGUUUGGGUCGGGGUCAGCUCACCUCACUUUGGCGUGGUUAGCUUUUCCAUCGAGUUUAGUAUCACUUCGGAGUGGGAGGGAUUAUAGGCGUGUCGUUAUAUUUACGCUGCCUACUGCGGUGACAUCAUACGCGUGAGAGCGUUGUUGUACAUUCCCAUACAUUCAUUUAUUUCUCAGUCUGCCACAAAAUUAAAAUUGGCCACCACAAAUAGAUGUUUGCACAUCGUGUUUAUAACUACCUCUGUCUCACAUGACAGUUUCUGUUCAAACACCCGACCCGUGGCGUCAGUCGACGGCGCUCCGCUUAGCCUCAUUCAAGUUGCAUUUAAGCAUAUAUAAUGCGGACGUGCUCGUCGCGAAUGUGCCACCACAAACUGCAAGUCUGGAAAAAAACUGUUAUGGUGUCCUGGAUUCUCAACCUGUGGAUGACAAUCUUGUUUGGAAACUUAUAGCAGAACACAGAUAACAACAUGUUUGCUUGAGACAGCGCAAGCUAGCAGUAAGCUAAAGCUAAUAUUUACAUUAUAGCGAUUAUGUGACGAUUCUCUCAGACCAAUCAGUGAUCUACAGUGUUUUCGCGUCACGUUUGGUAUCAGCUCGGGUCGCUUGGAACCCCAACCGAGAUGGUACGAAAAAAAGUAUCGGGUACUACGUACUGCACCCAAUGGAAAAGCUCCCAAAAGUAAGCUGACCCGACCCAAACUAAACCAAACCGUGGGGUACUAUGCAAUGGAAAAGCGCCAUAAGUGCUCCUCCGCCAUACAAUAUAGUUCUCAUUUUUUAUCUGCUUAAAAAAUUGCCACGUUUUAUUUUGAGCCACCAUACUUACUCGUGUAACUACUCAUGUAACAGUCUUUAAAUAGGGAAAACAUGGCCGUGUUUGGUGGCUUCAAAAUUCAUCCCUGUUUGAAUCCUAAGGGAUGAAUGGGGCUAGGCUAAAUGCUAACACAUUCAGGACGCGCUGUACAAAGUUUAAGUGCACGCAUUGAAAAAAGAUAGGUAUGUAUUAAUUUGUCUAAUUUAAGGUAAGAACAUAGUAAAAUAUUGAAAAACUGUGAUGUUUUCAUUUAAAACAAGGUUACUUGCAAAGCUGAAUAAGGUUUUAUUCUCCUGACUUCCAAAAACACACUUCUUUCGCUGUGCUAUUGUUGAUUCUUGUUAUAUAACAAAAUUGUCACUCGAAAACUUCUACUCGAAGGAACAAUGCUAAUGAUGAGUGUUCUCGCUCUCACUCUGACUGACGUGUGGGCGUGCUUUUCCGGAGGAAGUGCCCAUAAAAGGAAUAAGGGGUCCAUGAUACGUAACAGUUAACCAUCACUUCGUGAACUGCUUUUUUGACACUUUGCCUUUGUUUAGCAUGAUGAAUACAACUCUUUAACUGUGUUAAUAAGUCAGAAUGCAUGAAAUAUUGUUAACCCCCCGUAAUUAGGAAUAAAAUGAGUAAAGUGACAUUAGACAUUUACAAGAAAACAUGUCAGACAAACUUUUUUAUUAACAUUUGAACUUUUCAUAUACAACAGUGUAUUUUCCUUAUUGAAAUUUGUGUCUGUCCGUUAAGUGCAUACUUUUUAUCUUCUGUUAUCCGACUCAGUGAACUCUGAAGUUCUUUAUGUGAUGUCUGUAAGUAGCGAUGUGAUGACGUAUGUAUGAGAUGCAUUAGCCGUAACCAUACUGAAUGUUAGACAAUGUGUUUACUUUGAUAAAUAAAGCUAAAUCUAUGUGG